AUGAACGCCUUAUCUGUUUCGGCCUUUGCGAAUCGCAUCGCCACUCGAUCAUGGACCUGUUCGACUUGUAGAAGUCAAUUGGUCCGAAGUAAGCCCUUUCGAGAUUUCACUGCAAGAGGUUUCGCAUCGCGGAGAGGCUCGAGGAAAAACAAUGGUCACAAGUCCGGCCCUAAACGACCGCUGUUAUAUGCCUCGGCUGGUGUUGGUACUGUAGGCGCGGCCGCGCUUGCAUUCACCGGCGAUAUCAAGAGUAGUUAUGAGGCGGCAGAACGCACAGGAAGAGUGGCGGUUGCGCUCGCCGUGUGUAUCAACGAUUACCGAACAACACUAAACGCCAGAGAAACGACAGCAGACCAUGAUGCCCAGGAGAGCAUGCUUAAGGCAUGUCACAAACGAUGCGCCGAACGGACUCUCGUUGUGCUGGAAAAGAACGGCGGAAUCUUUAUCAAACUCGGUCAGCAUCUGAGCGCCAUGAAUUACCUUUUACCAUCCGAAUGGACAAACACUUUCAUCCCCCUGCAGGACAAGUGCCCUGUAUCUUCACUUGAGUCGAUCGAGGAUAUGUUUCGCAGAGAUACAGGAGAAGAGCUUUGGGACUGUUUCUCUGAUUUCGCGCCUGAACCAAUCGGCGCUGCCUCUCUUGCUCAGGUACAUCUGGCAUCCAUCAAGGGGUCAAAUCAGAAGGUUGCGGUCAAGGUUCAACAUCCUGAGCUUGAAGCAUGGGCACCCCUGGAUCUAGCGCUUACCCGGUACACAUUUUCGACCCUGAAAAGAUUCUUCCCCGAAUAUGAUCUUGAGUGGCUCUCUUCUGAGAUGGACGUUUCUCUUCCUAAAGAACUUGACUUCCAAGAAGAGGCCAACAAUGCCCGACGUAUGAAGGAGCACUUCGCCAAGAUUCCACAGCUACCCCUGAUUAUCCCCGAGGUCAUCUGGGCUAAGAAGCGAAUCAUUGUCAUGGCGUGCGAAGCGGGAAGCAGACUCGACGAUUUGGAGUAUUUGGAUAAGAACGGUAUAGACCGAGAUGAAGUAUCUGCCACGUUAGCGCGUAUCUUCAACGAAAUGAUCUUUGGCGAUGGUGCACCCCUGCACUGUGAUCCUCACGGUGGCAACAUUGCAAUCCGCAAGAACAAUACCCGCCGGGGCCUUGGACGAGGUCCUAACUUUGACGUGAUUUUAUAUGAUCAUGGUCUUUACCGCGACAUUGAGCUUCCUUUGCGGAGAUCAUACGCCAAGAUGUGGCUUGCGGUUAUUGAUGGCGACAUGGAUCGAAUGAAGAAGUAUGCACAUGAGGUUGCCGGUAUAGAGGACAAGGAUUUCCCCCUCUUUGCUUCAGCAAUCACUGGUCGAGACUACAGUAUUGUUAGCAAGUCUGGAUCUAUCCUCGAGACUCGAACGGCGGAUGAGCAAAAGACAAUGAGCGGGGCUUUGCAAGAGGGUCUCAUUGUCGACCUCGUGCAGCUUCUCAGCCGCGUGCCUCGUAUCAUCCUUCUAAUUCUCAAGACAAAUGACCUAACUCGAAGCCUGGACGAGAAUCUCCAGACACGACAAGGUCCCAUCCGUUCGUUCAUGAUCCUCGCACGAUAUUGCACCAAGACCGUAUUCCACGAGAAGAUUGAAGAGAUCGGUCAAAACGGUUCAUUCCUUUGGCCACUCAAUGCUCUGCGGGUGUUUGCUGCAUGGGUUGGUUUCAUGCGCGUGGAGAUCAAGUUAGAGGCCUUUGAACUUUGGCUAUCAACCAAGAGAAUGUUGGGUCUAGGCAGCUUAGAGUUUUCGGGUGCGGCGUUCCAAAAGUGA